AGAGACUGUUCACAAGGGUUUAGAGAACUAGUAGUAAAGUAAGGUGCAACGUGUACGAGUUGUCAAAAUCGAACUUGAACGUUGAACGAAGGUGUAGCAAACAAUUCGAAGAUGAUGAACGGGGACGGCAACAAACCGUCGGAGUCCCAAUUUAUAUCUUUUCAAGAUUACUCACCGAUAAAUCGUUCCGCUGGUGGCGGACAGGCUCAGCUGGACGUUGAUACACCUGACAAUCAGGGCUUCGGCGGAAUCCAGAAUGACAGUACGGGAAUCGGAAUGAUCGAGGACCUCCAGGGAAUGCCGAACAAAAAUGACCAAGAAACGCAGCACAAUUUCUGGAGCAUCGAAUACUACCAGAAAUUCUUCAACGUCGACACUGACGACGUUGUGCAAAGGAUAAUCAGGUCCAUAAUACCGCGAGGGGGUGAGAAUUAUCUCGAAUCCCACAUCCGGCCUAAGCCUGAUCUUUACGGUCCAUUCUGGGUCUGUGUCACGCUAAUAUUUUCCAUAGCGAUUAGUGGAAACAUGGCUAAUUACCUUCAGACAGCAAACUCGCAGGGAUUUCACUGGCGGUACGAUUUCCAUAUCGUUUCUUACGCCGCUACCGCCAUUUUCAUUUAUGCCUGGCUUUUACCACUUGCGCUUUGGGGCGCCCUGAAAUGGUCUACCAGCACUCGAGAAGAUGACAACGAAUUAAUCCAGUCGAAUACUGCUCCUGGGAUACUGGAACUCCUCUGCCUCUAUGGAUACUCGCUGACUAUUUACAUACCCGUCGCCUUUCUGUGGACUAUACAGAUCGGGUGGCUGCAAUGGACACUUGUCGCCGUAGCUGCAUUCAUGUCUGGUGGAGUGUUGCUGCGCUCUUUGUCACCAGUUAUAGCUGGCAAGCAUAAAGCUAUUUACGCCGUAGUGAUCCUAGGGAUGCAUUUCUUACUUGCUGCUGGUUUCAAAAUGUACUUUUUCCACAAUCCACGAUCUUCUCCGAGUGCCAGCCAGAUCGUUAAUGUUGUAACGACAGCUGCAUCAGUUGUUAAGACAGCGAAUGACAGUUUAUCGUCAAUUUCGUCAACUUAGACUGGCAAAUUUAAAUUAUUGUUAAUUCAGUUGUCAAUUAU